AUGUCUACGGUGGUGUGUCAACAAGGUGUGCAUUCUUGCAUCGAGUCCUCGCUUGUUUUAGAGGCAACCACCAUGAGACUCAAACUAAUGGCACCAAAGUGUUGCAAAGAAGUCAUUAAACAUAACGAUUAUGGUUCUUGGAGUUUCCUUCAGUCUCUUUCCUCCCAAAAGCCCAUUGAAAAAGAAAGCUCUUAUGUCCAUCCUUGGGUCAACCAAUCUUCGCACUCAAAGCUCAGUCAGAAAAGCCUUGCACUCUGCACAGAAAGCCUAGGAAAUGAGAGCGGGAGUGACACUAGCCAAGGGAGCGUUGCCUUGUUUUCAGAAUCCAACAGAUUGGACACAAGGAGCCAAGAAAUAAUUGCUCCUAGGGAGAAAAUUAGGGUUUUGGUUCCUCAAAUGGGAUCAAAGAAAGUUGUUUCUCGUAGCUUUCCACCCCCUUUGACUACAAUACGUAGUUCGAGUUUGUUUCAUGUUAGUCAUCACCGGGAAGGUGGAAGGCUAAUCAUCCAAGCAGUGGAGGCACCAUACAAGAAUAGCUGUUUUCAAGCUGAAAGGAGCCAUGGACGUCUACGGUUGAUAUGCACGAAGAGUAUGUCAAGAUGA